AUAAAUAAAAGUGUAGACCAUUGGUUGGUCGAAUAACACACAUACCAAAAAAAACCAAGACACUCUCUGCAUAUCUUGUUCAGAUGAAGCUGAAGUUGAUCUCAGUCUCCAUGAUUCUCUUUGCGUCGGUCACCGGAAAAUUCGAAGCACGGGUUCUGCCGCCGAGGGUCAUCGUGCCGGAAAACGAAGAUCUCAUACCUCAGGAUAUCGAAAUAGAGAAGUGCGAUCUCUUCGCCGGUAAAUGGAUUCCAGAUUCAUUAGGACCAAUCUACACAAACAGCUCAUGCGGUAUGCUCAUCGAUGGUCACCAAAACUGCAUCACCAAUGGCCGACCUGACUCAGACUUUCUCUACUGGAAAUGGAAACCUCAUGACUGUUUGUUACCACGUUUUGAUCCUCGAAGGUUUCUUCAACUUAUGAAGAACAAAUCUUGGGCAUUCAUCGGUGACUCCAUAUCGCGUAACCACGUCGAAUCUCUGCUCUGUAUGCUCUAUAUGGUUGAAGAACCGGUUGAAGUAUACCACGACAAGGACUACAGAUCGAAAAGAUGGCAUUUUCCUUUACAUAACCUAACUAUAUCGAACAUUUGGUCGCCAUUUCUAGUCCAAGCCGCUAUUUUCGAAGAUUCAAACGGUGUCUCGACCGCUUCGGUCCAGCUACACCUUGACAAACUCGACGAGACGUGGACCAACCUAAUGCCGAGCCUGGACUACGCGAUUAUCUCGACCGGUAAAUGGUAUCUCAAAGCCGCGGUUUACCACGAGAACGCGAAACCGGUCGGUUGCCAUAUCUGUCCGGCGAAGUCUCGCAUGGAGGAGUUGGGAUUCGACUACGCUUACAACGCGUCGCUGCGGAAUGUGAUGGACUUCGUAGCAGAGGAAACUAACCGUAAAGGCACGGUUUUUUUCCGGACUUCGACGCCGGAUCAUUUCCAAAACGGGGAGUGGCAUAACGGUGGGACGUGUAAGCAGACGGAGCCAGUGGGUGAUGAUGAGGAGGUUGAGAUGAAAAACGUGCAUAAGAUACUCAGAGAUAUUGAGGUUGGUCAGUUCGAGAGGGCGGUCAGAGAGAAGACGGGUCAGGACGGUGGUAAUAAUCUAAAGCUUUUGGAUUUCACCGGGAUGCUGCUGACCCGACCCGAUGGGCAUCCGGGUGCGUACCGACAGUUUAGGCCGUUUGAUAAAGACAAAAACGCGAAGGUACAGAACGAUUGUCUGCAUUGGUGCUUGCCUGGUCCGAUUGAUUACUUGAAUGAUGUUAUAUUGGAGACCAUAGUAAAUGGCUAAACCGGACGGGCAGAUUGUGGUUGGGUUAAUUGCCAUUGGGAUGAACCCGGAAGAAUUGGAAAACCGGUUCUCUGGGGAUAAAUAGACUAAUACGGUUCAAAUUUGUUGUGUGUAUUGAACAAAAGUGGGUAAAAUUGAUUCUUGGGAUUGUCGGUGGAGAAAGCAAAACCGGUUUUGUAAAACCAUUAUUUAUAUUUUUUCUGUUUAUAGAAAACGAGAUUGUGUGUAAAAGAUGUGAUAUUCGUGAAACGGAUUUUACUCAAAGUAAUGAAAUCCUCUGAUUAGAUA